AUGCAGCCUUUCCAAAGAAGCGCACUGCGCUCAGCGCGCCGUAUACGACCUCAACUACAGAAGCAACCACGACGCUAUGCAGGCGACUCCCAAGGCGCGAACCCCGAGAACCUCAAGCCCGAAGGUGGACUGAACCAACAUCCCACCACCGAGUCCUUUGGCCCCACCUUCUACAUAGUCCUCGCCACAAUUCCGGCCUCCAUCGCCCUCUACCAAUUCACCCGGCAAGGCACAUCCGAGCAACCGUGGGCCACACGCUACAUAACGGAGAAAUACGCCGAAUACAAAGAUACAUUCCAGCGACGCAAUGAUUUCCAUACCAAGGCCGUGGAGCAAGCGGCGAGCGACAGGUUGAUCUUCUUGAAUGAGAGUCAGCAGGGUCCACGAGUGGUGGACCUGAGGUUUCCUGAAGCCUUCAACAUCGGAUCUCCUUGGAACGUCCCAGCCGGUCAAGGCAGCGCCAACAUAGACCACGUGAUUGCCAAGUACGAGAAGGAGGCUUACGAGGCGAAUGAGAAGAAGUUGCAGCAGGUACGGGUUAAUGCUGUGCCUAUUGAGCAGCCUCUGGGAGAGACUUUGAUCAAGGAUAAUCCGGCUUCGGGACCGUAUGCGUGA